UACAACAAUACAAAAAUCCCUUUUCCCCCAAAUCUCUCUCAGUCACUAUAUUACCGUUUUCAUUUUUCAUGGAUGACAUUAUUGACGAAUUCACCAACAUCGGUGACGAGUAUCAGAACUACUGGGAAACCAAUAUGUUUCUCCAAACCGAAGAACUCGAUAGUUUUGGCGCAUUAGGAGACACGGUUUCCAGCUACUACGACUCGAGUUCUCCCGACGGACCGCAGUCGUCGGCGGCUUCGAAAAACAUUGUUUCCGAGAGGAACAGGAGGAAGAAGCUCAAUGAUAGGCUCUUUGCACUUAGAGCAGUGGUCCCCAACAUAACUAAGAUGGAUAAAGCAUCAAUAAUUAAAGAUGCAAUUGAUUAUAUUCAACAUUUGAAUGAUCAAGAGAAGCGUAUUCAAGACGAAAUAAGGGAACUCGAGGCUCAGAGAGCAGAAUCUGGGGUGUUUGAUUUUGAUCAGGAUGCGGUGAUUGCGCCAACAGACUGGACGAAAAAGAAAAGGGUUGAUCAGUCUUUGGAUUCCCGAGAAAGGGCGUUUCCUCUUGAAAUUAUUGAGUUAAAAGUGUGCUAUGUGGGGGAGAAGACAGUGUUGGUUAGCUUAAAAUGUAGGAAAAGAAGAGACACAAUGGCCAAGAUUUGUGAGGUGUUUGAAUCAUUGAAGCUCAGUGUUCUCACUGUCAAUAUUACUGCUUUUACAGAUACCCUUUUCAUGACCCUCUUCAUUCAGGCUAGCGAGGAAGAAAUAGAGUUCUUGAAGAUGCAAAUUCAUAAUGCUGUAUCAGCUCUAAAUGAUCCUUCAAGCCCAAUGAGCACCUAAUGUCCUGUUUUUAUAAAAUAAAACUUGUUUUCUUUGUUGUUUACCUUUUUGGCCUAGGUUAUUAGUUAUGAAGGAGUAUUUUUCUUAUUGAUUUUUCCUGGUUUGUUUUCUCGUAAGGGUAUUUUAGUCCAGAGCUAUCAAUAACAUAACCUUCUUUAGAGGGAGUUCCUUGUAACUUGUAAGAAUCAUAUUUAUACAAUAUAAAUUAUAUAAAUUAGUAACUA